GAGUAAUUAUAAUGCUGACAAGAUUAAAAUGAGUAUAUGUACAGUUUUAUUUUAAUAUUAAUUUGAUAAAAUUCAUUUGAGAAAACAUCAACACCUUCCAUGUCCUUACUACUUUGCUACCAGCGGCAGGCUUACCAAUCUACGAUACAAAUAUGUCGAAACCAAUAGUGUUUGUAACCGGAAACGCAAAGAAACUGGAGGAAUUCAUAGCUAUCUUGGGGAAGAAUUUUCCACGAGAGAUUACCAGCCAGAAGAUAGAUCUUCCGGAGUAUCAAGGAGAGAUCGAUGAUAUUUGCCGAGAUAAAUGUCGAGCAGCGGCGAAUUUAAUAAAAGGCCCAGUGAUUAUAGAGGACACAUGUUUAUGUUUUAACGCGAUGAAGGGUUUGCCUGGACCUUACAUUAAAUGGUUCUUAGAAAAAUUAGGACCAGAAGGACUGCAUCGAAUGUUGCACGGUUGGGACGACAAAACGGCGGAGGCGGUUUGCACAUUUGCUUAUUGUGCCGGAGAACCACAAGAUCCAGUUAUAUUGUUUCAAGGUCGAACUCAAGGAACCAUCGUAAGUCCUCGAGGACCACGGGAUUUUGGCUGGGAUCCUUGUUUCCAACCCUUGGACAGCGAUAAAACUUACGCAGAACUACCGAAAGAAGUGAAGAAUCAAAUCUCCCAUCGAAGUAAAGCAUUGGAAAAGUUAAAAGAAUAUUUUAUGAAAAGUAUGUAGUAUUAUCGCUUCAGGGAAAAUGGUAUUAAUUUAUUACUAUAAACAUGUACAACAAUUAAGAUCAAAUAUAUUGAUUAUCCCUGAAUUUUGUUUGUUAUUUCCU